AUGCAAACAGAGUUGGGAUGUGCUCUCCCACCAGCCUCCCGGCAUGCCAUCACCUUCCAUCUUCCUCAAUGGUCCAGUCUUGUCCCCUUCAUCGAGAAAGACCAGGUCGGAGCACUCAAUAGCGGCUAUCCUCAUAUGCUAUGGCAUGACGAUGUCAAAGACGUAAUCAACACUCGUGAAGGCCAAACGGCUUUUAUUUUUACAUCUUCCGUUUCCGCAGCGGAAUGUAAAGAAUAUGGGACCGCCGCUGAUCGUGGCAAGGAGAAUAUGCUGUCCCCAGAAGACAUAUCAAUCCGCGUUUUUGAUGUGAAGGGUGAGAUACGGCUCUACGUCGUCAUCUUUCCCGAAUCCAAACUCCCCAUCCUUCAUCCCUUCUGGCAGGUAUCGGGGAGGGGCAUCUCCUCACGUCUUGCUGAGGAAUGCCUCAAGAACAUUGAGACGCUGCGGGAAAUCACCGAGGGAUCAACAAGCCCGAUACCAACGGUAAAAGAGUCAGAAGCUCAUUCCAAAAUCCGAGACCGGAUCGCGAAGCUUCUAGAACGUGCGCCUAUCGGGGCCCCCCGGAGGGUAAAGGUAGCCCCAGAAGAUGUCUAUCUCUUCCCAUCAGGGACGGCUGCGAUUUACUCGGUCCACCGGCAUCUAUUGGAGGCGCGUUGCUCAAACCCGGCCCUCUUUGGGUUUGCUUUCCAUAAUACCCUCCAAAUUUUCGACUUUUUCCAACCAGGCUACAAACUCUUUGGCCGUGGAACGGAUGAUGAGCUAGUUGACCUAGAAGAAUUUCUCGAGGCACAAAAGGAAGAAGGGGAGAACGGCCAGGCAAUUUGGGCUGAAUUUCCUAGCAACCCGCUCCUAACGGCCCCUCAGCUGAACCGUUUACGGGAACUGGCAGAUAAAUACGGAAGUCUGCUCAUUGUAGACGACACAAUUGGAGGCUUCUGCAACGUUGACUUGCUGAGUGAUGGGGCCGACAUGAUCAUAACAUCGCUCACCCGGGCCUUCAGCGGCCACGCCGACGUGAUGGGUGCAAGCGUGGUCCUCAACCCAGCCUCACACCGAUACAGCGAACUAAAGGACAUCUUCAACAGGCACUUCGUCAACGAUUACUACACUCUUGAUGCCAUUGCUAUGGAGAAAAACAGCCGAGAUUAUCUGGCUCGAUCGGCCAUUUUAAACGCCAACUCCCUCGCACUGGUCAAAUUCCUUGACACCAAAGCAAAGGACCCGAACAGCACCGUGCGGCAGGUCGAUUACCCUACCACCUCCUCGUCAGUUGUCAAUUACACGGCUUAUAUGCGCCCUGGCGCAUCAGACUUCAAGCCCGGUUACGGGUACGUGUUCACCGUCGAGUUCGAAUCUAUCGAGGCUACCCAGGCAUUCUAUGACAAUCUGGAUACCCACAAGGGACCACAUAUCGGCGCUCAUUUGACAAUAGCGCUACCUUAUGUGAGAUUUUGGUAUAGUGGUCAGUUGGAGUGGGUUGAAAAGUUUGGGAUGAGGGAGACUCAGGUGAGGAUCUCUCCGGGUUUGGAAGAUACUGGGGAGUUAGUGGAAGUGUUUAAGGCUGCAGUAAUGGCCGCCGAUGAAAUUGAAAUGCCCAAGUAA